UUGACCAAACUUGUUUCUAAAGAAAGAAGAGAGAAAGCAAAAGACAGAACAAAGACGAAGACUCUUAUCAUCCUUUGUCCUUUUUUUUUCUCCCUCUCUGUCCCUAGCUUGGUGAUGAUCUUGAAGCAAGAAUAAUGACCGUCCUUCACAGAUCUCUGUCGGACGAUAUGACAAACAACACGUCGUCCUGUGAAUCUUUGUCGGAUUGCAUCGAAGAGUUGAGAGAAUCAGGAUCUUGUUCAUCCACUUGUCUUAACUACUGUCUCUCCAUCUGCAAGAUCGACUCUGCUCCGCCUCCAGUGAUUCACCGCGACCUGGACCAUAAAAUAAAGAAGAUCAUAAUCAUCACCGCUUGCUCUGUCAUCACAACUCUGUUUCUCCUCACUUUAGUCGCUCUCUGUUUCAAGUGGUACAACAGGAGGAGAAGAUCAAUAUCGUUAUCAAGAAGCAUAGAGGAAGCUAGGACUUGGGAUUUUGAUGAACCAUCAUCACCUGUUAUUAUAGAUCAUCCGGUUUGGCAUAUCAGGACCGUUGGUUUGAAUCCAAUGGUUAUAAGUUCGAUCAAAGUGUGUAAGUAUAGUAAAAGAGAUGGUGUUGUGGAAGGAACUGAUUGUUCGGUUUGUUUAAGUGAGUUUGAAGAAGAAGAGAUGCUUAGAUUGUUACCAAAGUGUAGACAUGCUUUUCAUCUUUCUUGUAUUGAUACUUGGCUUAGAUCACACACCAACUGUCCUCUUUGUCGUGCUCCUAUUGUGUUGGUUAAUGAUGAUGACGAUGGAGACGAUAUAGAGGAGACCCCUGUGAGUAUGAAUGGAGAUAUCGACGAAGAAACCGAGAGAGAUGAUGAGGAAGAAGCUGAUGGUUUUGUUGGUAUAGAUAUUAGAGAUGGGGAAGCAGAUAAGUCGCAGGAGCGAGUGAGACGUUCUGUGUCGUUGGAUUCAUUGUCGGGUUUAAGGGUAAGUGAAGUUGGUGUUGUUGCUGGUAGAGGGAAAGAGAAGGUGAAGAGAGGCAAUGGUGUUGGACAUUCUAUUGUUGAGAGGUCAAGUUUCUUGAAAAGAUCAAUCUCUGACAUUGGUAAGUAGUAGGAGCUCUCUACACAUGUACAAAGGAAGUUUCUUGGAGCCAAUGAAGAAAACCAAAUCAAAGCUGCUACUCUUGUACUAAAGUGAAUAGAGUUGUUACAUUUUGUUGUGUUAUCAAAGCUGCUACUCUUGUACUCAAGUGAAUAGAGUUGUUACAGCUUUUAUUUGGCCUUACCUCGUAUUCAAAUGUUUUUUCUGAUAAUGGAUUUACACCUUUUUUGAA